UUCACAAAUUCAUAUUUAUUUGAAAUGCCUUUAGAUAAUAAGAAUGAAUUUAAUGAACGAUCAAUACUCCAGCCUGUAAUUACAAAUACUAACGAAGGAGACGAAGAUGAGUCUUUCGAUUUGGAUGAUUUACUGCCUAUUAUUGGUGAGUUUGGCAAAUAUCAAAAACUUUUGGUAUUUGGCAUAUGCCUGCCAGCUUGUAUACCUUGCGGAUUUUGCGCCUUCAAUCAAUUAUUUAUGGCCGAUACUCCCGAGGAGUAUUGGUGUAAAGUUCCCGAAUUGCUUAAUCAUACAACAAAGGAGCAAAGAAAAUUUCUGGCUAUCCCCAAUGACUUGGAGAGCAAUGAUAACGGUGCAUUUAGUAAAUGUCAGCGUUAUGCUGUCAAUUGGACCGAAAUACUUGAAGAUACCGAUAUAAAUUAUAUCGAACCGAAUGUUUCUUGGCCCUUGGAAGCAUGUAAAAAUGGUUGGGAAUAUAAUACCAGUGAAAUCUGGUCUUCCAUAGUUAUUGAUUUUGAUUUAGUAUGCGAACGUGAUAUAUAUCCUACAAUUGGUUUGGCGGCUCUUAAUGUAGGCGGACCUAUUGGUGUUUAUCUGUUUGGUUUACUUAAUGAUCGUGCUGGCCGCCGCACAUCAUAUUUUAGCUGCUUAACUACAUUGCUUGCGGGCAGUUUAAUGACAUCAUUGAGUACAGACUUUUGGAUGUGGGCGGGGAGCCGUGUCAUUGUUGGUCUUACAAUACCAGCUGUUUAUCAAAUACCUUUUAUUAUAUCGCUUGAACUUGUCGGCGAAAAUUAUCGUUCGUUUGUAACGGUUAUGACUUGUACCUUUUACACAUCGGGUAUUAUGCUGCUGGCCUGUGUUACAUACCUGGAGAGAGAUUGGGUGAAAUUAUCAUAUUACACUUCAGUGCCAUUUUAUGCUUACUUCUUAUAUUUGUUCGUAAUGCCUGAGUCACCGAGAUGGCUUCUGAUGCGAGGACGUCUAGAGGAAGCGUUAAAAGUCUUGCAAACUAUGGCUCGUGUAAAUGGUCAUGAAUUUCCAGCUGAUAUAAAAUCAAGACUAGAAGCUCAAAUCUCACGAGACAAACUCAAAGAGAAAAAGAAACACAUUAAUGUGGGCCUACCGGACCUAUGCAGAACUCCCAAUAUGCGUUUGAAGACUAUCUUAAUUACACUCAGCUGGUUCGCUAACGAGACCGUUUACUUGGGUCUGUCCUAUUAUGGCCCGUCGCUGGGUAGUAAUCAAUAUUUAAGUUUCUUUUUGUCAGCUGUCGUGGAAAUUCCGAGUUACUUGGUUUGCUGGUUCUUAAUGGAUUGUUGGGGAAGGCGUUGGCCUCUCAGCUUGUCAAUGAUUUUGGGUGGUUUAGCUUGUGUCAUUACGGUGAUGGUGCCUGAUGCUGCGGUGGAUGAAACUCUUUAUCUAUAUUUAUUAUCCAAAGCCUUAUUAUCCGCAUCAUUUUUAAUUAUUUAUCCAUUUGCUGGUGAAUUAUAUCCAACACAAGUUCGUGGUAUUGGUAUUGGAGUAUCCAGUUAUGUAGGUGGCUUGGGUUUAAUUGUUAUCCCAUUCGUCACCUACUUGGGUAAAGAAAAUCUCAAAUUGCCUUUGGUUAUAAUGGGUUUUGUUUCAGUUUUGGGUGGUUUUACCAGUCUACGAUUGCCCGAGACCUUACAUCAUCGUUUACCGCAAACUAUAGAUGAAGGCGAAGAGUUCGGCAAAGAUUGGUCUUUCAAUGAAUGCUGUAGCUGCAAAGCAGAACCGCAAGUGCCUUCGCAAACUGCAUCUUAUGAAAAUCUUGAUGUUUUAGAAGAUAAUGCAACUUCCGAUAUUGAAUUGGAGAUGAAAGCUUCUUCCUCGAUAUCAAGACGUAACCGUCCAAAAUCGGUGAUAGAUGAACGGACGCCUCUAGAUAAUAAACGUUCGCAACGGCUUUCCAAAAAGCGUUUAGUACGCCAAAUGAGCGUUAUGGAUACUCAAAAAACCGAAGAUGGCAUUAUGCAAUUAACCCAUUGGAUUUAAAACACAAACAAAGAAAGUUCAAUCAAUAAUAUUACAUGAGGAAAAUCAAAGUUUUCUGCUUCACUAAAUUACACUUACAAGCAUAUCUCAAUAGUAGUUCUAAUUGUUAAUAAAUAUAUAAAAACAAAUAACAAAUGAAAGCAAUCUGGCAAGUGGCGUGUAAGCAGAAAGUAUUGUUUAGAAGCCAAGUACCGGGACCGAAUCUUUAUCAAAUCAAAACGACGCCAAACCAUCCUGCAAUCCAUCCAUGCGACGAGUUACAGAAAUUUUUUACAAAAUAGUAAUAUGGGGCAAGUAGGAGUUUAAAGGAACUUAUUUGUUUGUUAAGGGGCUUGGGCGUACAGUUUAUAUCCCGAAACAGUAUUGAAACUAUUUCGAAUCAAGCAAUGCUUUUAUGUCAUAC